AAUAUGUUUAUUCUCUUUUCGUGAGUUUCUGAGAUUUCUCUGUUCUUAUUCCCCCCUUUCCUUCAUCCUAGGGUUUCUCAAUUUCACACCUAAAUUGCGAUUCCUUGUCAAAAUUCACCCAAUUUUCGCUCGAAUUAGGGUUUCUACUCACUCGAUCUGUGUGAAUUAGGGUUCUUUCAUGAGUCCUUCAGCUGAAACGGAGAUGGAAGAUACUAAGCUUUCUGUUGUCGAAAAUGGUGACCAAGCUGUUUCUCGUUUUGCUGAGUUUUCAAAGAAUGAGCUAGCAUUGGAUGAGAAAAGCUGUAAAGAAGCAAUGGAUCUGUUUGGAGAAACCAAACAUCUUCUCAUGGCAAAUGUUUCAUCAAUGGGAAAUGGAACGAUAGAAGAAGCAGAGCGGUACUGGUUUGCUUUUAUUUUAUACUCUAUCAAGAGGCUGACUCAGAAAAAUGAGGAAAGUGAAAAAGAAGAGAUUGAGAAUACCGGUCUUACCUUGUGUCGAAUAUUGAGAGCAGCAAAGCUUAACAUUGCAGAUUUUUUUAAAGAACUUCCUCAGUUUGUUGUCAAAGCUGGUCCAAUUUUAAGCAAUCGAUUCGGCUCUGAUUGGGAAAACAAGCUUGAGGCAAAAGAGAUGCAUGCUAACACUAUUCACCUGAAGAUUCUUAGCAAGUAUUAUAAGCGUGUAUUUGAAGAGUUCUUCGUGUCAACUGAUGCAAAUGUUGAAAAUAAGUCGUCUGUUACGGGCCGUGUAUCUGAGUGCCAUCGUUUUGGAUGGUUACUUUUCUUGGCCCUUCGUGUACAUGCUUUCAGCCGUUUUAAAGACUUGGUGACUUGCACCAAUGGUUUAAUUUCUAUCAUGGCUAUCCUAAUUAUUCAUGUUCCGGCUCGUUUUCGGAAUUUCAACAUUCACGACUCUGCACGCUUUGUUAAGAAAAGCAGUAAAGGUGUGGACCUCCUUGCUUCACUUUGCAACAUAUAUAACACUUCAGAAGAUGAGUUGAGGAAAACCAUGGAGCAAGCCAAUAAUUUAGUAGCAGAUAUAUUGAAGAAGACGCCCUGUUUGGCAUCUGAAUGUGAAACUGAAAACCUAGAGGAUUUUGAUAAAGAUGGUUUGACUUAUUUUAAAGAUCUCAUGGAGGAAUCAUCUCUGGCGUCUAGUUUGAAUAUCUUAGAAAAUGAUUAUGAUCAAAUGACUCGCAACAAGGGUGAACUGGAUGAAAGGUUAUUCAUUAAUGAGGAUGACAGCCUGCUAGCUUCAGGAAGUUUGUCUGGAGGUUCUUCAGUUUCAGCAGGAGGUGUAAAGAGGAAAUAUGAUUUGAUGAUGUCACCCGCCAAGACCAUUACAAGUCCACUUUCACCCCAGCGCUCUCCUGCAUCCCAUGCUAAUGGCAUUCCAGGUAGCGCAAAUUCAAAGAUUGCUGCCACCCCUGUAAGCACAGCAAUGACUACUGCAAAGUGGCUUCGAACUGUCAUUUCUCCACUUCCAUCAAAGCCGUCACAAGAGCUAGAGCGAUUCUUGACUUCAUGCGACAGAGAUAUUACUAGUGAGGUAGUACGCAGAGCACAGAUUAUAUUACAAGCUAUAUUUCCUAGUAGUCCCCUUGGCGACCGAUGUGUAACUGGAAGCCUGCAAAGUGCUAAUCUCAUGGACAAUAUAUGGGCCGAACAACGAAGAUUAGAAGCCAUGAAGUUAUACUAUAGGUUGUUGGCAACAAUGUGCCGAGCAGAAGCUCAAAUACUUGGCAACAAUUUAACUUCACUGCUCACUAAUGAGAGGUUCCAUAGGUGUAUGCUUGCAUGUUCUGCAGAAUUAGUCCUGGCUACUCACAAGACUGUGACAAUGUUGUUUCCUGCUGUACUGGAGAGGACUGGAAUAACAGCUUUUGAUCUUAGCAAGGUGAUAGAAAGUUUCAUUAGAUAUGAAGAAUCUCUCCCAAGAGAAUUGAGGCGACAUCUUAAUUCAUUGGAGGAACGGCUUUUGGAGAGCUUGGUAUGGGAAAAAGGUUCUUCGAUGUAUAAUUCAUUAGCAGUCGCUAGACCUGCCCUUUCUGCAGAAAUCAAUCGGCUUGGUAUGUUAGCCGAACCAAUGCCAUCAUUAGAUGAAAUUGCAAUGCAAAUUAACUUCUCUUGUGGAGGACUGCCUCCUGUGCCUUCCUUGCCUAAGCCUGAGACUUUGCCUGCUCAAAAUGGGGAUAUGAGAUCACCAAAGCGGCUCUGUACAGAGAAUCGAAAUGUUUUAGUGGAACGAAAUUCUUUUACUUCACCGGUGAAAGAUCGGCUUCUUCACUUAAGCAACCUUAAAUCAAAACUACUCCCACCUCCUUUGCAAUCAGCAUUUGCCAGUCCAACAAAGCCGAAUCCAGGAGGUGGAGGAGAAACAUGUGCAGAAACUGGGAUCAGCGUCUUUUUUAGCAAGAUUGUUAAGUUGGGAGCAGUCAGAAUAAGCGGAAUGGUUGAAAGGCUACAAUUAUCUCAGCAGAUAAGGGAGAAUGUAUACUCUCUUUUCCAGCGAAUCCUAAAUCAAUGGACAUCUCUCUUCUUCAACCGUCAUAUUGACCAAAUCAUUUUGUGUUGCUUCUAUGGAGUAGCAAAGAUUUCACAACUGAACCUAACUUUUAGGGAGAUUAUAUACAACUACAGAAAGCAACCACAAUGCAAGCCACAGGUUUUCCGUAGUGUAUUUGUUGACUGGUCGUCGGCACGCCGUAAUGGGGGAUCUAGACAUAGAACAGGACAGGAGCACAUCGAUAUCAUUUCAUUUUACAACGAAGUUUUUAUUCCCUCUGUAAAGCCACUUCUGGUUGAACUUGGCCCUGGUGGAGCAACUGUGAGAAGUGAUCAAGUACCCGAAGCUAACAACAAAAAUGACGGCCAUUUAGUUCAAAAUCCGGGAUCUCCUAGAAUAUCACCUUUCCCAAGCCUUCCUGAUAUGUCCCCUAAAAAAGUGUCUGCCGCACACAAUGUGUAUGUGUCUCCAUUACGGUCAUCUAAGAUGGAUGCUCUAAUUUCACAUAGCUCCAAAAGCUAUUAUGCAUGUGUUGGGGAGAGCACUCAUGCCUAUCAGAGCCCUUCAAAAGAUCUGACUGCCAUAAACAAUCGGUUAAACAGCAACCGGAAAGUAAGAGGACCCCUCAAGUUUGAUGACGUCGAUGUGGGCUUGGUUAGCGACUCUAUGGUUGCAAACAGCCUCUAUCUGCAGAAUGGAAGUUCCGCGUCAUCAUCGGGUGCACCGUUGAAGUCUGAGCAACCUGACUCUUAAAUUGAAUGAUGUGUACAUUCUACUUGUCUCUUUUCUGAUACUGAGUUCAUACUAGGUGUUGGUGGCUUUUGAGACAAGGGGCUAUGUACGAGCGGUGGGAUUGUAGAAUGCCGCCUCUAACCCUUUGUACUUUUGGUGUAUUGUUAGUUUUUAGUGCAAAUUGUAGGUCUUACUUUCAAAUAGUUAAAACAAUAAAAUGUUUUCCUUUGGUAGAUUAAACACAAUCUUUCUCAUUUUUAAAAGGAAACUAAACUCAGAAUAAUGCUGAGAAAUAAGAUAUGUUUACAACUCA